AUGGAGCCUCGCGAGCUGAGGAAUGCGGUCGCAGACUGCGCGCGCCGCCAGAUUCGCAUGAAGGAGUUGUGGGACGCCUUUCUGUACCGCGCAGUGGUUCUCCGCGCAGACCUGCGACCUGAGCACGUGGCGAAAAUCUUCCAUUCUCUGGCCACGGUUCAGAAGCCCGUUCUGUCGUUCAUAGACUACAUGCUGGAAGACGUGCGCUUCCGAGUGCACCUCUUUCGUCUCCAAGACAUCGCUCUCCUUCUCUCCGCCUUGGCGCGUCUGCAGGUGCGCGACGACCUCCUCCUGCAGGCGCUCGUGCCGGUGAUUCUGAAGCGCAUUACCCCCGCCUCGCCCCCCAAAGACCUCGCGCUCGUGAUGCAUGCAUUCGUCCGCAUGGAAGGCCCGCAAGUGGAGCUGCUGGGCAGUCGCGUGGUCGCCUCGCUCGCUGGCCGCCUCGAGGCUCUUUCGCAGCCGCAGAGCCUCGCACUACUCCUCUCGGCCUUUGCGGAGCACGCCAAGAAACAGAUCCAGCGGGAGGCGCUGGAGAAGGAAAGGGAACGAGGCGUGGCCGACGCCGAGGACGGCAGGCGCGCAAGCAGCGAACCGGCGGAGACCGGGGCCGCAGCGCACGAGCUCGGAGACCUCAGGGAGACGCCACUUCGCAUACCCUUCCGCGUUUUCCUCGAGAGUCUGCUCGAGCAGACUGGGAGGCAGCUGCGCGACUUCCACGCGAGAGAUUGUGUGCACACGCUUGCAGGCGUCGCGAGCCUCGCGGGGUGUAACCGGCGCAUCCGGGAAGACUCGCGAAGGCGAGAAGAAGCGGCGUUGCUGCGACUCCGAGACGAAGAGGCAAAGGCGGGCCGAGGGGGGAGAGACGCAAGCAAAGGGACAGGAGCGAACGACGGAGGCGAAGACGGGAACGGCGGAACAGGCGAGACGCGGUGGGAGGAGAGUUGUCUGUCGCCGUCGCUUCUGGAAGAUGUUCUCUGGAGAGUGCACAAGCGACUGCUGGAGGUGAAGUUCGAAAUGCAAAGCCGCGACGCCGUCCUGCUCUUCCGGAGUGUGCAUGCGCUUCAAGCCGACUGUGGGGAAUUCACGACGGAGACGGAAGAGCUGAUCAAGUUGCCGAGACCGCUGGACGCCGGCGCGCGAGGCGAGGCCCGAUCCCCCGCGGGCGACGCGUCUCCGGUUGUCUCCGGAUGUGGCAACGAAGGAAAGAGGAAGAAGAGACGCCGACCGCUCCUCGAGAGGCUCCGAGACGUCGUCGUGCAAGAAGCCACGCACCGCGCCGGCGACCUGGAGACGACGGAGGUUCUCGAACUACUCCGCAUUCUCGCCUCGGAAACCGAACAGUUCUACCCCGGCCUAGAAGCUGCGCUCUGUGUCCGUCUUUCGGACUCCCUCGUCGGUUUUUCUUCGCCGUAUUUCAAGCCUCCCGUUGAACUCCACAAGGCUCUUCAGCAAACCGCCGAUAUCUUCCUUCGACUGUUCUCUUCUGCCAAGCCGCACUUGCCGCCUUCGUUUUCCGGCCUUCCUUUUUCUCUGGCUGCUCGAUCCCCGUCAGAGCGCGACGCUUGCGGCGGGCUGCGAGGCAGUUUCGCGAUUUCUCUGAACCAAGAAGACACCUCGUCUCCGCGGCUGGCCCUUGAACAUUCCGGCCGGAACUACCGAUUUGCUGGAGCGAUCGGCACCAGUUUCUUCAAGCUACUGGCUAAGCAAAGAGAGAUGAAACUCACCCCGCAGGUUGCUGCGACGGUCACCUGGGCCUUGGGCGUCUUUCACAUCCGUGAUCCUCACUGGGCAACAACCCUUAAACACCGCAGAGCGUCCGUUGUCUCCUGCUUCACUGGCAACCCCCUCUUUCCCUCUUCCGCUUCUCCGCCUUCCUCUGCGUCUUCGUCGUCUUCCUCCCUGUCUCCCCCUUCUCGGCCUUCUUCCUCGGGCGAGUCUUCGGAGUCUACGUCCAGUGGUUUGUCUUCUGUUUUUCUCGAAGAAGAAGAGGCUGAUCAACUCCAGGCGUACCUCCAGGGCGCAAAGACUCUCUCCAAGUUGGCGGGCGGCCUCGCGCUCUUAGGGAUGAGUGACGUGGCUGACUGCCUGGGGAUCUUUCCGCUGCUGUCCACAGUCGACACCUUCGGAGAACCAGAACUGCCUUUGUCGAUCCUGAUGGCUGCUGCGGUCUUCGACUUGACUCGGCGCCCUGCCACGCUCGCGAAUUCUCUCCUUCAGCCUGCAGCUGAGGCGGUCUACAACCAACGAGAAGCAUUGCCGCCGUGGUAUUCUCCUUCGCUCCGCUUCAUUUCGAUGUCGUCUCUUCCCUCGGCCUGGCCUGCCUUCCUCCAAGACUUCUUCGCGAACCCUGACCCCCACGUGGCUGCAGCGCCCACCGGCCUUGCUCAGCUGUCGCUCGGUGGCUGCUGGAUUGCUCCGCAUUUAAGCCGACUGGGCACUCACGACAUGCUGCUGCGGACGGAAUUCAUCCAGAGCGAGCGGCUAAGGAAAGGCAGCCGCCGGGGCUCUCAGGUUGUCCAUCGGAGUCAGCAGUUUGAUGCCAUCGUCGGGAGGUACCUAAACAAAGCCGGGGUUUCUUCUCUGUUGUACAGGCCAGCGGGGAGUGACGAACUCUCAGGAGACGCGCCUGGUUUUCGCGCACAGAUGUCUGGUGAAUCGAGGAGGGAAGGACGGGGUAACAAACUGAAUUUCGACAAGGUGGGGGAUGACACAAACGCAGAGGAACACGCCGCUUGGGGAGGAGAGGAAUCUCUCGAGGGCGAAGCCGACGAGACGCCGUUGGAUGCCGAGACGGAUCUCGCAUCAGUCUCAGACCGUUUCGAGGGAGACACCGAGGAGGACGAAGGCAUGAUCGUCUUUCCCGAAAGGGUGAGGAAGGAACUACUGUCGUGGCAGGGUGUACACGUUGCCUGCGAAGUACAAGUCGGUCCCUUCGUCGUUCCCUUUGCAGUCGACUUGGUGAGUCUCGGUGAACAUCUGAAGCGUUUCCCUUUGAGGGCGGCAAAAAAGACCUCGUCGAGUGAAGAAAGUCUGGCGGAGGAGAGCUUGAGCCUGGACGAGGUUCGGGAGGAAGAAACGGCGACAGGCACCCCAGACGGAAGCAGAGAAGAGGCUGAGGCGGCGGAUAGGAAAUAUCCGAGAGCCGAAGACGCCCCGAGGCAGGACGAGCAGAAGUCUGGAGACCUAGAGCAGAACGCUGCGCAUGCAGAAGGUGGGAAAAACCCCGAGGGUCCGAAUCCCCGCACACAUAUCCUUCUCGAUGUGCUCUGGAGGGAUUUCGACUUUUACUUGGAGCCGCAUUCCGGCUCAACCCCUGCGUCGUUCCCCAGCUCGGCUCCGCCCGCGCGUGGGCCCGUUCAGGCAGAGGACGACGCUGAGCAUGCAGCUAAAGCGCAUGCAGAGGAGGGACCUUCUGAAAUUCAAAAGGAUGGCGACACACUUUUAGUCGCACCCCAGAUUGUGCUGCCGCGAGACGAAAAGACCGGAAACGACGUUUAA